CUGGCGCCAGGUUCAGUUGCAAUCGAGUCGUCCUCAAGUGAGCACACACAUACAACUUGCGCACCGGCUCCUAGCUUUCUCUCUUUCACCUUUUCAAUCUUGACCUCCCCGUUCUUUCCAUCGCAAUCGAAAUCCCAUCUUUCUUCAAAUCUCUUUUCACGUUGGCCUUGUGGAUUUUUUUUUCUGCUUUCCUGCCAACGAAACAACAAUAACAACUGACUUCUUUGAAUCAACACUGUUCGUCCGCGCAACCGCCAUUUAAAAAACAACUCCUGGUGCCAUCGAUCCCGUCCCAACGCGGAAACCCAGACGAUCGACGUCCACAGAUAACCUCAUUCUUUUAAUUCAUUCGGAGGAUUUGACAGAUCGACUGUAUCAACAACAACAACAACAUGUCGCCGGCUUUGGUCAACGGUAGCGGAGGAGGCGGAGGAGGAUCGACCGGAGCCUUGACGUUAAGGCGCGGACCGAUCGCCGCAGAGUUCCAAGGACCCGGACCAGCGGCCGUUUCCCUGCCCUCAACCAUCGGUAAAAGCACCAGCGAAUCCACUAAAGGAAGGGCACCGGCUUUCAGUUUUGGAAUUAGGCACAACCCGGGAAAGACGAGCUUGGGUCCCGGUCCCGGCCAGUACAACGUCGCUCGACUUCAUCACAAAGGUAAAGAUGACGGUCCGGCUCCUUCCAUCAGCGGUCGUCCGAAGGAGAGUAGACACGACAUCACGCCGGCACCGGGAGACUACAAUCCGGAGAAAGGAGGAAAGUUUGUCGGAGAAUCGUCGCCGAGUUUCACGUUCGGGGCUAAAGUGAAGGACGAACGCAAAGACAACCUUCCAGCUCCAAAUGCCUAUUCUCUGCCGCCUGCCUUGGGUACCGGGUUGGCUCCCGCUUUUUCCAUUUCUGGACGAGGCAAGUCACCAAUCGAUGAACGCGUUCUCAACCCAGGUCCAGGUGCCUAUGAGUCGGGCAACCAGGACAAGUACAAGGCCCGUUCGCCGUCCUACUCCAUCUCCAGCCGCACCAACAUACCGACAGACCAAACUCAAAAGCCAGGCCCAGGGGCGCAUUCGCCGGAAAAGAUAAAGCAGGAGUCCAGUCCCGCUCACACCUUUGGCAUGAAGCACUCGCCCUACUUAGGCAAGCUGAAAGGGUUGUGAAGGUAAAGGCGAAACACCAACCGUCGAGGGGCGUGCCGACUCUUACGAGGAUGACUCGACUUCAAUCAACGCCAAUCUUUCCCCCCUUCUCUUCUACACUGUGUCUCCAGCAGCCGGUGUGUACGUGCGUGCAUAUCAAAUUCAACGUCGUGACAUAACCUCUCCCUUAGACUUGAAUCUACUUCAACAAAAAUUGAAAUUCCCUUUUGAAAAACAAAUUUUUCCGUUUCCUCGCGCUUAUUCCCCAACUGAUGGCUCCCCCUUGCCAGAAAUGCACAUUCCAACAUAAGUUAUGUGAAACAUUGAUGACUUUGGUCCAAGCUUUAGACGUGCGGUACUUUUUUUUUUAGUAGAUUGCAGCAGAUGCUCUACCGAGUUUUUAUCGUCUUUUUCUCCCUCCUCUAGAUCUUCCUUUUUUUCCUUUUGUUAGUUUGUAAACAUAUAAAAAAAGAAACAACGUUAAAUGCUAAUUCUGACACUCGAUCCCAUCUCUUCUUCCUUCCCUUUAUAGUUACAUAGCCAUUGUGCCUUUUGGUAGAUUUUUACGAUUCCUUAUUCUGCAUCAUUGUAGUUCGCUCCUUUUCGUCUUGGGGAUGGUAGUAGGUCAAUGCCGCUUUACCAAUUUUUGCAAACGUUUUAUUUUACCUUUUUUUCCAAUUUCUUUUUUUCUACUGUGAUACUGCGAGGUAGUUAUCGCUUCUCUUCCUUUCACCGACCAGAGCCCACCCAUUUCGAUUUUCAAAAUAAAUAAAACAUCUGCGGCCAUUCAUAAUGUCCUUCGACGAUUCACUUUUCCUUGGAAUCGGCAGGUCGGAUGUUUUUCGGGUUUUUUUUUUUAAAGACACGCACCAAGACAUACACACGUAACUGCGUAUAAAAAUAAAAAACAGCAAAAAAAAAUCGAAUAAUUAGUUUUCUUAACUUGCGAGUUGAAAUGAUUUCACUUGUAUUGGCCAUAUGUUGCGCUACAUUAAUAAACUCGCAGGUUGUUGACAUGGAA